AUGGGAUUAGACAGAUUAAGUAAAUUGUAAAUCCUCUCUAGAUAGUUUUCUUCAUAGUUAUGCAGUUGAAGUAAGAAUAAAAGUUUUAAAUUUAGAUUCAUAAUGUAUUUGUAAAAUACAAAUAACAUUUAGAGAAAGUGAAAUAAUUAUAAUUGAUUGAUAAGAGAAUAUCAAAAAUUGUAUAGGAUACUAUAAGUUAUGAAGAAAUGGAUGCAAAUAAAUCAUUGCAAAUUACAUUUUAAAUAAUGAAAAUUGAUGAAUUUAAUAUAUUAGAUUUUUAGAAGGAUGAUAAAAAUUAUGUCUAUACAUUAGAAUUAUCAUAUCAAACAUUGUUAAGGAAAAUAAAGGGAAAUGUAGAGACGGUUGCAUAGAGAUUAAAUUUUGAAUAAGAAAUAAUGAUAGAUUUGACUAUAGAUAUUGGAACAUUACAAAUUAAUUUAUUUUAAGAAUAUGAUAAUGAUUAAAUAUGUAUAGCUUAACGUAAUUUGGAUCCAUUCACACAUUUGAAUGAAGAUUUAAAGUAGUUUCCAUUAAAAAUUAAUGGGAAAGAUAAAUAUAUUAAUCUCUAAAUGAAAAUAACUUGUUUAGAUAAUGUUAAUGGUUAUUUAAGAACUAGACAGAAAUAUUUAAGAGAUCAAUAUGAAAAAUUAUACAAGUAUUAUUUUAGUAUAGUAUUUAAAAUAGAAAAUGUCAUAAAUAUAAGACUAAAUUAACAUUGUUACUGAAACCGUUUUAGUUAAUAAAGUUUGAUGAUGAGAACAUCUAUUUAUAAAAGAUUUAAUAAAAGUAAAAGAAUAAGGAAUGUUGGAACUGUCAUAUUUAAUGA